CGGCGCUCAGUUCUCUUCCGCCUAGGGAACUCCGCCAGCCCCAGGAGCGCGGCAGCAGACGGAGGAAAGCGGCGGCCCCGGAUCUCGGUUUCUCACGUGCGCCUGGCUCUCGGAACCCACCUGCUCUGGGGUCCCCUAUUCCCAGCCCGCAUCCGCCCAGCGGGCGCCGCACAGCUGAUUCUCCACGCCGCUGGGGAGUCGCGGGCCGGGCGGAGCGGGUGGCGCCGAGAUUCUGCGUCAUCACCUGGGCGGGGCGGGCCGCCGUUGACGCCAUCACCUCCGCACCUGCCAACAUGGAAGGUGACGGCGGCGUAGCUGGGGCUGGCUUUAAGGCUCUGGGCUCUGCAACGGCUGCUGCGGCAGUCAGGGAGCUUCUGCAGGACGAAUGUUAUAGUGAUUUUUUAAAUGAAGACUUUGAUGUAAAGACUUACACUUCUCAAUCUAUUCAUCAAGCUGUAAUUGCUGAACAACUAGCAAAACUUGCCCAGGGAAUCAGUCAGCUGGAUAAAGAACUACACCUACAGGUCGUUGCAAGACAUGAAGAUUUAUUGGCACAAGCAACUGGGAUUGAGUCUUUAGAAGGUGUUCUUCAAAUGAUGCAGACAAGAAUUGGAGCUUUACAGGGAGCUGUUGAUAGGAUGAAAGCAAAAAUUGUUGAGCCAUACAAUAAAAUAGUAGCCCGUACUGCUCAACUAGCAAGACUUCAGGUUGCCUGUGAUUUGCUUCGGAGAAUAAUUCGAAUCUUGUAUCUCAGUAAGAGACUCCACGGACAACUGCAGGGGGGGAGUAGAGAGAUAACAAAAGCUGCUCAGAGUCUCAAUGAACUUGAUUAUCUUUCUCAAGGAAUAGAUCUUUCUGGAAUAGAAGUAAUAGAAAAUGAUCUACUUUUUAUUGCAAGAGCUCGACUCGAAGUGGAAAAUCAAGCUAAGCGCCUAUUGGAGCAGGGUGUGGAAACUCAGAAUCCAACCCAGGUCGGAACAGCUCUUCAGGUUUUCCAUAAUCUUGGAACUUUGAAGGAUACUAUUACCAGUGUCGUGGAUGGAUAUUGUGCUACCAUAGAAGAAAAUAUCAACAGUGCGUUAGACAUCAAAGUUUUGACUCAGCCUUCCCAGUCAGCUCUGAGAGGGGGUCCUGGACGAUCUACGAUGCCAACGCCAGGAAACACUGCAGUGUUUCGUGCUUCCCUCUGGACCAAUAUGGAGAAACUUGUGGAUCAUAUUUUUACUGUUUGUGGCCAGGUACAACAUCUACAAAAAAUAUUAGCCAAGAAGAGAGAUCCUGUCUCUCACAUUUGUUUCAUUGAAGAAAUAGUUAAGGAUGGACACUCUGAAAUUUUAUACACGUUUUGGAAUUCAGUUACUCAAGCACUUUCUUCUCAAUUUCAUAAAGCAACAAAUUCUUCUAUGUUUUUGAAACAUGCAUUUGAAGGAGAAUACCCUAAAUUAUUGCGUCUUUAUAAUGACUUAUGGAAGCGUCUUCAACAACACAGCCUAAGUAUUCAAGGAAAUUUUAAUUCAGCUGGAACUGCAGACCUCUAUGCUGACUUACAACACAUGGAAGAUGACACACAAGACGUGUUCAUACCAAAAAAGCCAGAGUAUGAUCCAGAAAAGGCUUUGAAAGACGCACUACAACCCUACGAGGCUGCUUAUCUGUCAAAAUCCUUAUCUCGACUCCUUGAUCCUAUCAAUUUGGUUUUUCCUCCUGGUGGUCGUAAUCCUCCUUCUGCGGACGAACUUGAAGGUAUCAUUAAAACUAUAGCAAGUGAACUAAAUGUAGCGGCUGUUGAUGCAAACCUCACAUUAGCUGUGUCAAAAAAUGUGGCUAAGACCAUCCAGUUGUAUGGCAUAAAAUCGGAGCAGCUGCUCUCCACACAAGGAGAUGCAAGUCAGGUGAUUGGGCCUCUUACAGAAGGGCAGAGAAGAAACGUGGCAGUAGUGAAUUCACUAUAUAAGUUGCACCAGUCGGUAACAAAGGUGGUUUCCAGUCAGAGUUCAUUCCCACCAGCAGCUGAGCAAACUAUCAUUUCGGCCCUAAAGGCGAUCCAUGUGCUAAUGGGAAACGCUGUGCAGCCCUUACUGACAUCAGUGGGAGAUGCUAUAGAGGCCAUCAUCAUCACUAUGCACCAAGAAGAUUUUUCUGGAUCAUCCCCCGGCCCAGAAAAGCCUGAUGUUCCCUGUUCUCUCUACAUGAAGGAGCUUCAGGGUUUCAUUGCCAGAGUUAUGAGUGACUACUUUAAACACUUUGAGUGCUCGGAUUUCGUCUUUGACAACACUGAAGCCAUUGCCCAAAGAGCCAUUGAACUUUUCAUCCGCAAUGCCAGUCUCAUAAGACCUCUUGGUGAAGGUGGGAAAAUGCGACUUGCUGCUGAUUUUGCACAGAUGGAGUUGGCUGUGGGUCCGUUCUGCAGAAGAGUAUCUGAUUUAGGAAAGUCCUAUCGAAUGCUCAGGUCAUUCAGACCACUGCUCUUCCAGACCAGUGAACACAUGGCCAGCAGUCCUGCAGUGGGGGAUGUUAUUCCAUUCAGCAUCAUUAUUCAGUUUUUGUUCACAAGAGCACCUGCUGAGCUGAAAUCUCCCUUCCAGAGGGCGGAGUGGUCCCACGCACGCUUCUCCCAGUGGCUGGAUGAUCAUCCCUCUGAAAAGGACAGGCUCCUCCUCAUCAGAGGCGCGCUGGAAGCUUAUGUUCAAUCAGUAAGAAGCAGAGAAGGCAAAGAAUUUGCACCAGUAUAUCCCAUAAUGGUUCAACUGCUCCAGAAAGCUAUGUCUACGCUUCAGUAAUAAUGUGCAAUAUUUCUUAAUCUCCAUUUUGGGUUAACCCAUCCAAGGUUGGCAACUAAAGACAUGCUCUAAAAGACAGCUACUACCUACUAUUUUGAAAACAUAGUUGAUUUUUCUGUAUUGCCUGUUGGUCUUUUCCUGUUUACCUCUUAAUCCCUUCUGCCUUCCACAGCAUAAAAUGUCAAAAUAGAUUCAUUCAUUUUCAAACUCUAUGGAUCUGAUUUUUCCAGAAACUCUUCUCUCCUUCCAGGUUUUUUUGAGGCUACCUACAAUGUCUUUCCCAUCACACAGCAGAUGCCCCACUGCUUCUUAGAGAGAUGAUCAAGUUAGUAAGUAUGACGUAUUCUCCUUCACUGGAUAGGUCAUAGCCCAGUAUUUUCCACAUUUAGCUGCACAUUAGAAUCACUGGUAGCUUUAAAAAAUAUUGAUGCCCAAUUUGUACUCCCUAUUAAGACGUCUGGGGGCAGGGGCCAGGCAUUCAUAUUUUUUAAAAGCAUCAAGCAUUUUCCAACAUGCAACAGUUCGAGAACCAGUGCCAUAUCGCAGGGCUAAGAUGCAGGGCUAAAUGUGUUAAUGUGUCAUACUACAUCUUUAAUAAAAGAGAGCAAGGCUGUCUUCACAUCCUGUGUGUCAUCUUAUUAAAAGCAGACUUUUGGGGGCUCUUCAAACUUUAUAACAGAGCUGCCAAAUUAAAUAUUUUUACUUUACAUGGAUUCUUACAAAUAGUAGAUAAUCUAGAUCCUUGUUUUUCAACUAUUGCCCAUGCCAUCAUUAACAUUUUAUUUUAAAUUUCGUGUUGAAAAUCCAUAAGCCACUUAAAAUAUUUCCCAUCCCUUGAACCUGUUAUUCAUGUGUAAUGUUCAGUCAGGAUCAAUCAGCAAAAGUCAGAUAAACAAUUUUUUUCAUUUUAUUUGAAAUAAUAUACAAGAAUAUAGUGUGCAAAAUUUAGGGGCAACAUCAUGAAGAAGUGUAAUGAACUGAAAUCAAUUUUACAGCUGUGAUUCUUAACCAGAAACACCACUUGGUAAG